AUGGAAAGUGAAAACUUCAAGCUCUUCACAGAAAUCACUGGAGAGCAGGAUAUCAUCAAAAUCACCAAUUCCCUUCAAAGAAAUAAUUUCAAUGUUGAUUUAGCUAUAGACCAAUAUUACAGAGAACUUCACCGACAAAACCUAUCCCAAGAGCUCAUGCUCAAGCGAAAAUUCCAAGACAGCCAACAAGGAAUCCUGCUCGGGACUUUUGAUAGCGACGCCUAUGCAAUUUCAAGCAUCCAAAAUGUCAAAAAUGGGCACCGCUUAUCAAUAAGACUGCCAAAGCAACACACUUUUGGAAAAAAUAAAAAGAAAGAAGACCAAGACAAGACAGUUAGGUUCGCAAUGGAGCCUAAUGGUUUCAGUGUAGGAAAAUUCCCACAAGCAGUUUCUGAGUUUUUAUAUCCGUUGAUUUCUGGCAAUCUUAUAGAAAUUGAAGUAUUUGUAUUGGACUCUCAAAGCAGCUUAAGCCUAUUAGAUUCUUUAAAAGUGACUAUCAACGUCAUUUUGAAGCCAGAAGCGCUCUGUGACCCAGCCCAGACCGCUAAAGAAGUAAUAACCCAAAAAAACGCUUCAGCUGAUGAAUAUUUUACCCAGAGAGAAGCUUUCCAAAAACUUUUUAAACUGUUAAACUUAGAAAAAACCCAAAGCGCAUUAGUCAACCACAAGCGAGAGCCUUUAAAUGAUAAACUAAAUUUAGAAGAAUCAAAAGGAAUGGAAAAUGUCGACAAAGCUUUAGGCCUUGACGAUUUAAAUGGGGAAUCAGAAUUAUCAGAAAUGGAGCCUGCGCCAAGCUUUAGAAGCUGCCUUUAUUCUUAUCAAAAGCAAGCACUUGCCUGGAUGUAUGAGCGAGAAACACAUACAAAAAGUAACAGAAAUAAUGGAGAAUUACAUCAUUUGUGGGAAGAAUAUAAAGCGAUUGAUGGGAGAUUUAUUUAUUUUAAUCAUUAUACAGGACAAGUUGCUACGAAAUUCCCGGAAGGGGGUGCACUUUGUAAAGGAGGGAUUUUGGCUGACGAAAUGGGAUUAGGGAAAACUGUGAUGGUUGUGUCGCUGCUGCAUACACAUAGGAGGGGAUAUACACACAGUCCGAAAAAAUCAAAAAAUAUCAAUGAAGGGGGGACUUUAAUAGUCCUGCCGCUGUCUUUGAUGACUCAGUGGCAUAGUGAAAUUGAAAACCAUGGGACAGGGCUAAAGGUAAUGGAAUAUUAUUCAGAAAAAACAAAAUCGCUGAGGGAGCUGGGGAGCCCUGACGUCGUUUUAACUACUUAUGGAGUAGUCCAGACUGACUGUGCAACGUCUGGGCCACUAUUUAAAAUGAAUUGGUUCAGGAUUAUCCUUGAUGAAGCUCACAAUAUAAGAAGAUUAAGAUUAAAAAGGUAAAGUCUCCUCAACAAUUGUCUCUGCCUCUCUGCUCUUUCGAUCAGUGCUCAUGGCUGCGUGAGGCAUGCUAAUGGUUAGAUUUAAAACGUCUGAGCCUUAUUUUAGGCUAUAAAGUAACUUUUGUGACAAAUGUUGUGCAUCGUCGUUAAGGACAUGUUUAACCACCAUCGUUAUAUAAAUUAUUCACAUAUAAGAAAUCGAGAAACUGGAAUUACAAAAUCCUGCUUAAAACUUCAAGGGCUUUACAAAUGAGCCUUAACUGGAACCCCAAUCCAAAACCGGCUUGACGAUCUAUAUUCACUUAUAAGCUUUCUAGAAGUGGAGCCUUGGAAUGACUAUUUGUGGUGGAACCGGGUUAUCACAAAACCUUUUAAUAGGCAAGACCCUAACGUUUUUGAAGCUUUAAGAAGGCUUCUUAAACCAAUUGUAUUAAGACGGACAAAGGCUUCGAAACUUGCCAAUGGCUCACCAAUAAUAUCUCUCCCUCCAUUAAAUAUAGACACAAUUUAUUUAGCAAUGCAUAUAGAAGAAAGAAGAGUCUAUGACCGCUUAUUUAACCACACAAAAGCAAGAUUUAGGUCACUUAUAUCACAAGGCAGGCUAAAAUCAUAUAUAAGCUCAGUUUUUGAGCUUCUUCUUACACCUCCCUUAAAAUUGGAACAAAAAAUCCUGUUUUGGGUUAAUUUUUUUUUUAAAUUUUCCUCAUAAAAUUUUUUUAGAAUAUAAUUUAUUUAUGCAGAAUUAAAUAAAAAUAUUAAUCAAUUGAGCCUAAAAACUGUUUAAAUAGACAAUUUUUCUAUUAAUUAGGUCGAAACCAACUUUAAAAAAAUUAGUAUUCUCAUCUUUAAUUUAUUUUUAAUAAUAUAAAUUAGCACAAUUAAUAAAGUGGGAAAACUGUUUAAAUAGCAUUCUACUUGCAUUCAUUCUCUUAAAUUAGGUCAAAACUAAUUUUAUAAAAAACUAAUAUUUAGAUUGAUAAAAAUUUUCUUAUUGAAUAAUAAAUUUAAAGGGUUAAAGUACCUAAAAAAUGCAAAUUUUAAGGGUUUUUUUUUUCAAUUUAAAGGUAGGAGUUAGAUUAAGGCAGCUUUGUAACCAUCCUUUUCUUAUUAUGAAUAAAAACGACGCUGACCCUUUAGAAUCAAUUGAUAAAUUUUUCAAUAAAGUUGUAGAGAAUACCAGUGAAAAUUAUAUAAAUGAGCUUGUUGACAAAAUAAAGCAAGGCGAAGCGAUGGACUGCCCAGUUUGUUUAGAUAUGAUUGACGAUGCUGUAAUUACCAAAUGUGGGCAUUUUAUGUGUAGGCUCUGUGGUGUCCAGCAGGUCGAAAAAAACAGAAAUUGCCCUCUUUGCAAAGCAGUUUUGACUGCCCAUGACCUUACGACUGUGCCUAGAGAAAACAAAUUUCAGCUUGAUAUCACAAAAGAAUGAAGAAGCAGUGCCAAAAUUGAGUAUUUGCUUAAUUUACUUCAAGAAAGUAAUGAGCCUACCGUUGUUUUUAGCCAGUGGACCACAAUGCUAGAUUUAUUAGAAAUUGCUUUAAAAAAAGCUGAAAUUUCUUAUGCAAGACUAGAUGGGAGUCUUAAUAAAAAUCAAAGGGAAAAUGCUUUGCAGUUGUUUAAAAAUGGACGACAAGUGAUGCUGAUUACCUUAAAAGCAGGAGGGGUAGGGAUAAACCUUACCUAUGCUUCUAGAGUUAUCCUUAUGGAUCCUUGGUGGAACCCUGCUGUUGAAAAUCAAGCGAUUGAGAGGGUGCAUAGAAUUGGGCAAAAUCGGACUGUAAGGGCGAUAAAGCUGAUUUGUCAUGAUACUGUGGAGGAGAGGAUGCUAGAACUGCAAGCGAGAAAACAAGAAAUAUCUGAAGGCGCAUUUACAGCGCAUACAACUACAAUGUCGCUGGACAAUUUGAAGAUUAUUUUCGAUGAAGAUGGUAUAUAA